GCCGGCGGCUCGAUCAUGGCUCGGCGCGCACGGAGCUGGAGGCCGAACGUCGCUCGAACCACGUGGGCCGGGGCGGGGCCGGGCGGCGCCCCGGAAGCAGACGCCUCCAGAUCCCGGAAAAGCGCGCCCGGGCGGGGGGGGAUGGCGGCGGCGAGGGGCUUGGGGCUGCGAGCGGCGGGGCUGGGGUCGCUGCUGCGGGCGGCGGGCAUGGGGCCGGCCCCGGCCCGCGCCGUCCGGAGGAGCGCCCUUGGGGUCAUCUCGCGCCCAGGGUUGGUCUGGAGGCCCAGCAGGUGUGGCAGCUCUUCAGCCGAAGCAACUGCCGCCAAAACGGAAGACGACUCCUUCCUCCAGUGGUUUCUGCUUCUCAUACCUGUGACUGCCUUUGGCCUGGGGACGUGGCAGGUCCAGCGCCGGAAGUGGAAGCUACAGCUGAUCGCAGAACUCGAGUCUAGAGUUAUGGCCGAGCCCAUCCCGCUGCCCGCAGACCCAAUGGAACUGCAGAAACUGGAGUACCGGCCCGUGAAGGUCAGGGGGCACUUUGACCACUCUAAAGAGCUGUACCUGAUGCCCCGGACCAUGGUGGACCCGGCCCGGGAGGCCCGGGAGGCCGGCCGGCUCUCGUCGGCGGCUGAGAGUGGUGCCUACGUGGUCACUCCCUUCCACUGCACUGCCCUGGGAGUCACCAUCCUGGUAAAUAGAGGGUUUGUGCCCAGGAAGAAAGUGAAUCCAGAUACGCGGCGCAAAGGCCAGGUUGAGGGAGAAGUGGACCUAGUCGGGAUGGUGAGGCUGUCGGAGACCAGGAAGCCCUUUGUUCCCGAGAACAAUCCCGCGAGGAACCACUGGCAUUACCGGGACCUGGAGGCCAUGGCCCGGCUCACAGGCGCAGAGCCCAUCUUCAUAGAUGCCGACUUCAAGAGCACAGUCCCUGGAGGACCCAUUGGAGGGCAGACCAGAGUGACCCUGAGGAACGAGCACAUGCAGUACAUCAUCACCUGGUACGGACUCUGCGCGGCCACCUCGUACCUGUGGUUUAAGAAAUUCCUAAGCCGGGCUCCUGGUGUGUGACGAGGCUGGCAGAUGUAGCCCGUCCCUGAACAGCUGAAGCCAUUUCAAGAGACUCGACUUUAGGCUGAUGACGUGUUACUGGUAUAAAUAAAUCUCUACACCGCA